UCGUUCUGAUUUCUAAAUAUAAUUUCACAAGGUGGAUAAUUUGAUAAAUGCGACAAACAAAAAUAAAUUUCUUUGAAGUAGUAUCGCGAUAUAAUAUUCAUCGUGACAUCCUGUAUGCAAGACAGAUAUUCGUCUCUCUUCCCGUGCAAAUGCGUCCCCACUUCUUCAUCUUUUCAGUCGCUCGCGGUCGUCAUUGAACCUGCAGUCAGUCAGUCAGUCAGUCAGUCAGUCCAUCAAUCAGUCGCUUAGUAUAAAUACUGUUGAUAGAAAAUGUUUGACUUUUUCUGGGAAAUGUAAUGUAAGAAAGAAACAAAAAACCUACGGUUGUCGUCCGCAAACUCGAGAUAUCUCAUUUUCCCGUGAGUUUUCUUCAGGAUCUCAACGAUUUAAGUGCGUCCGAGUUUGGUAUCAAUAGGAAAAAAGGCUUGGUGUAAUUUCAAGAGAGAUACAAGCAAACGAGAGCAAGAAGAAAAACGCAACGCUCUCGCGCGAAAUGCGUUAUGCAGAUUUGCGUCGACGUUCUGUCAAGAUAGACGAUAUCACACGCAAAGUUUCUAAAUCCACGUGACCAUCGCGUCGCGUCGCGUUCACGCUUCCGGGACAAUAAUACAGCGAAGGCAAACUCUUCAUCAUGUGUAUCACGAUUCUAUUGGUAAUAUUGAUGUCCUCAACGCUCAAGGUAAAUGCCUUUAUGAAAAAUGGCAACAAUAUGGAAGCAAUCGACAACUGGAAAAAUUAUUCCGAAGUCCUGAAUCUUUCGUUAUUGUUUUACGAAGCGCAGCGUUCUGGGAAGUUGCCAAAAGACAAUAGAAUUCCAUGGCGAGGCGAUUCCGCAUUGAAUGACCGUGGUUCGAACGGCGAGGAUCUAACUGGAGGAUAUUACGAUGCUAGUGAUUUUGUAAAGUUCAACUUCCCAAUGGCUUCCGCGACGACACUUUUGGCUUGGGGUGUGAUCAGUUGGCCAGAGGCUUAUAAUAUCUCCAAUCAACUGGAUGAAAUCCAUAAAACUAUCAAAUGGGCUACAGAUUACUUCAUCAAAAGUCACGUAAGCAAGAACGUACUGUAUGGACAAGUGGGCGAUUUUAAUGCCGAUCAUGUGUUUUGGGGGAGACCGGAGGAACUGCCAAAUAACAUUGUCAGACCAGCCUACAAAAUUGAUCCGGAGCAUCCUGGUUCUGAUCUCGCCGGCGAAACGGCGGCUGCUCUCGCAGCUUCAAGCAUCGUUUUUGAGAAAAUCGAUCCUGAAUACAGUGCCGAGUGUCUCAAGCAUGCGGAAGAGCUUUAUGAAUUUGCCAAUAUUUAUCGAGGCCUUUAUCACGAAGCGAUACAAAAUGCAAAACAAUUUUACGAGAGCACGGGUUACGGCGACGAGCUGGCAUGGGCGGCUGCUUGGCUUUUCAAGGCGACCAAAAACUUCACGUAUCUCAAUGAUGCCACGAAUCAUUAUCAGGAAUUCCAUCUUGAUAAACGGCCAAAUGAAUUCUCCUUCGAUAACAAGAUCGCCGGAGUUCAGGUAUUGCUGGCUCAAUUAACAAAAGAAUUCAAGUACCAAAAAGCCGCUCGCGACUUUUGUGACUUUUCGGUGUAUAAACAGACACGCACGCCUAAAGGUCUUCUGUAUAUUAGCAAGUUGGGUACUCUUCGUCAUGCCGCUAAUGUGGCUUUCGUCUGCUUGGAAGCGACAAAUUUUACUGAAAUUGAGGACUCGUACAAAUAUUGCCAAUUUGCCAAAGAACAGAUUGAUUAUAUGCUGGGCAAAAAAACAGGAAGAAGUUAUGUGGUCGGAUACGGUAAAAAUUCACCUCAACAGCCACAUCAUGCUGCGUCUUCUUGCCCGGAUAGACCAGCAUCCUGCGGAUGGAGAGAAUUCGACAGAAACGAGGCAAAUCCACAGAUUCUUUUUGGUGCUCUAGUUUCCGGACCUAAUAAAAAAGACUUGUUUAAAGAUAUACGAGAGGAGGAUAUUUACACACAAGUCAUGGUAGACUAUAACGCUGGUUUUACUAGCGCACUCGCCGGAUUGCUGUAUUGCAGUUGAAGAGCAUUAUUUAAUUAUUAAAAAAAAAAAUUAAUUUUUUGUAGUUGUAAUUAACAUAUAAGAAACGUAGAAAUAUUUCUGUGUUAAAAAUUAAACAAAUUUUUUGUUGCGUAUUUUUUUAUGAAAUAGAUAUAUUUUAUAAAUAUUUGUCAAAAAUAUAUAUUUAAUUUAAUUUUACAUGAUUUAUAAAUUUAAUUUUAUGUUAAUUUAAAGUAGAGAUAGCGUUGCAAUUGAAAUAACAUUACAUUUUCUAAAGCGUUGGAAUAGAAAUAUGCUUAGAUGGAAGGAAUUAUCGAUUAUAGUCUACUAUGACAGCCAUACAUAAGCAAAAACACAGAAAAAAAAAAACAGAGAAUAAACAACUUAUAAUAAAUAAUCUAAUUAAUUAUUAAUUUUUUACAUUGGCUAAUUUAUGCCCAAAUAUGAUGUGCUCUCUGGUUAUAUAUAUAAUUAAACUGUACAGUUUCUUUUAAUAAAUCAUAUAAAAAAA